GUGCCGGAGGUACGCGGCCACCCCCAGGCCGAGCCGGGCGGGACGGGGCGGGACGGGGCGGGAAGGCCGGGCUCCCCAACACCGCGCGCAGGGACCGAGCGGGGACCGAGCUCCGAGCUCUGAGCCCCGAGCCCCGCCGCCAUGGAGAAGGCGCGGCCGCUGUGGGCCAACCCGCUGCAGUUCGUGUUUGCCUGCAUUUCGUAUGCCGUGGGCCUGGGCAACGUGUGGCGCUUCCCCUACCUGUGCCAGAUGUACGGCGGAGGCAGCUUCCUGGUGCCCUACAUCAUCAUGCUCAUCGUGGAGGGCAUGCCGCUCCUCCACCUGGAACUGGCCGUGGGGCAGCGCAUGCGGCAGGGCAGCAUCGGUGCCUGGAGGACCAUCAGCCCCUACCUCAGCGGAGUCGGCAUCGCCAGCGUGGUGGUCUCCUUCUUCCUGUCCAUGUACUACAAUGUCAUCAAUGCCUGGGCCUUCUGGUACCUCUUCCACUCCUUCCAGGACCCCCUGCCCUGGUCGGUCUGCCCGCUGAAUGACAACCGCACAGGCUACGAGGAGGAGUGCGAGAAGGCUUCUUCCACGCAGUACUUCUGGUACCGGAAGACCCUCAACAUCUCACCCUCCAUCCAGGAGAGCGGGGCCUUGCAGUGGGAGCCGGCUCUGUGCCUCAUCCUGGCCUGGCUCGUGGUCUACCUGUGCAUCCUGCGGGGCACCGAGUCAACGGGCAAGGUGGUGUAUUUCACAGCGUCCUUGCCCUACUGUGUGCUCAUCAUCUACCUGGUCAGGGGCCUCACCCUGCACGGAGCCACCAACGGCCUGGUCUACAUGUUUACGCCCAAGGUGGAGCAGCUGGCCAACCCCAAGGCCUGGAUCAACGCCGCCACCCAGAUCUUCUUCUCGCUGGGCCUGGGGUUUGGCAGCCUCAUCGCCUUUGCCAGCUACAACGAGCCGUCCAGCAACUGCCAGAAGCACGCCGUCCUCGUGUCCCUCAUCAACAGCUGCACCUCCAUCUUCGCCAGCGUGGUGACCUUCUCCAUCUACGGCUUCAAGGCCACCUUCAACUACGAGAACUGCCUCAGCAAGGUGAUUCUGUUGUUGACCAAUUCUUUUGACCUGGAAGACGGCUUUUUGACUGCCAGCAACCUGGAGGAGGUGAAGGACUACCUGGCUUCUACCUUCCCUGACAAAUAUGGCGAAGUGCUCCCACAGCUUAAAAACUGCAGCUUGGAAGCUGAGCUGGACACAGCGGUCCAGGGCACCGGCCUGGCCUUCAUCGUCUACACGGAGGCCAUCAAGAACAUGGAGGUGUCGCAGCUGUGGUCGGUGCUGUACUUUCUCAUGCUGCUGAUGCUGGGUAUCGGGAGCAUGCUGGGGAACACGGCCGCCAUCCUCACGCCGCUGACCGACAGCGAGUUCCUCUCCAGCCGCCUGCCCCAAGAGGCCAUCUCAGGGCUGGUGUGUCUCCUCAACUGUGCCAUGGGCCUGCUGUUCACCCUGGAGGCCGGGAACUACUGGUUCGACAUCUUCAACGACUACGCGGCCACUCUGUCCCUGCUGCUCAUCGUGCUGGUGGAGAUCGUCGCCGUGUGCUAUGUGUACGGGCUGCGCAGAUUUGAAAGCGACCUCGAGGCCAUGACGGGGCGCCCGCUGAACUGGUACUGGAAGGCCAUGUGGGCCGGUGUGAGCCCACUGCUUAUUGUCAGCCUCUUCAUCUUCUACCUGAGUGACUACAUCCUCACAGGGACGCUGCAGUACCAGGCCUGGGAUGCCGCCCAGGGUCAGCUGGUGACCAAGGAUUACCCCACCUACGCACUGGCCGUCAUCGGGCUGCUGGUGGCCUCCUCCACCAUGUGCAUCCCACUCGUGGCCCUGGGGACUUUCCUCACACGCCGCUUCAAGAAGGGAGACGCGGCGCCCGUGGCCUGAGGACUGGACUUUCUGGAGACGGCGGCCAGCCACUCAGUCUCACGGCCGCGGUGGGCAGGGAGGGCCUCCUGGGCUGCUGUGUAAGAGACGUGACUCCAGAAGCAACCGGCCGGCCAGCGUCUGCCUGAGCCUGAGGAGAAGAACCAGGCAGGUGUGGGGACAGAGGACCUCAAGGUCGCAUGUGACGCCUUCUCAUCACCAGAGGCAUUUUCAAGACCAGCCUUGAGGACGACUGUCCUCGAUUCUAGGAAAGCCCUGGAGCUAGGGCACACCGUGGGCAGAGAUUUAACUAUAUUCUAUGGAAUAAAAGUGUAUUUUUGUUUCCUGAA